ACGUGUUUCAAUUUGCUCAACCAUGUAGUCUCUGAUUGGCCGGCCGGCGACACACUCGACUCGCUCCCCCAGGCAGUAUAUUACACUUGUAGUAUAUUGUACACUUACAGUACACUUAGUAUAUUGUUUCCACCGUUCACCACAGACUUUGACCGAACGAAAUUGAGCACAUAAGUGACAUGGCCUCGCCAGAGUUCCGUUUUGAGGGCUCGUCCUCCAAGCUCACCCUAAGACCCACGGAGGAUGCGGUCAGGCUGACCCGCCUGUACAAACAGCAGGUCAGCAGCUGGGACGCCAAGAACGUGGACACGGUGAGGGAGGAGGCGAAGGCUCGUGUGCUGGAGCAGGGUGGGGACCCUGCAGACAUGGACCUUCUACUAGCUGAGAGCGAGCUUCAGUUCGGACCAUACGCGGGCCAGACCUUCCGCUGGCUGCUCGAAAAUGAUGUGCACUAUGCGUGUAGAGUCUUAGUGUUCCACGAGAAGUUGUCUGCAACGGAAAAGGCGUGGCCGGCGGCAGAUACGAAGAACAAACAUGCCCUCGCCUCCUACGCCAAGCUGUUUCCACCGAUGGUCGCCGCUAUCGACCGGCGCAGAUUAUUGGAGGCCAGGCGUCCCUCGGACGGGAUCGAUAACAUGACGCUGGGUUUUGGUGAGCACGGCGACCGAACAUUCAGGUCCUUGUAUGGUGCCAGGGACGUCAGGACCCGACACUACGUGCAGUACGUACGUAAAUUAAAGAUACCGGAGGGAAGCCAAAUCUAUCGACUUCAGCAGUACAUCUUGGCACGUGACAAGGAGCCAUCAGUUCAUGCGAGUGUGGACCCCAAGACAGAGUCUGAUGCGGAGCCCAUGGAAGUAGCUGCCGAGGUUGACUCUCAAGACUCCACCAUCGGGGACGACCUGGCGGCACCAGUUCAGUCCACCUCCUCCCUUGUUGGUCCCCAAGCAGCCAGAGCACCUGCCACGACAGAGGCUGUGUCCUCGCUGUCGUCAGCACAGUCCGACUCUGGUGCACAGCUGCUGCCUAGAGGCUGGAGGGCGACGCUCCCCGAGGAGCAGCAAGACUGGGUGGGCCGGGCACUGUUCCGCAGGACGGGCGGCGGGCAGUCCGUGCUCACCACCGACCUCCGCUUGUGGUGGUAUCCACCCGGACCCCGGCUCGUCUACACGCAGCCUCCUGCAACGUCCCACCCCUUCUUCCAGCAGCCAUUCUUUUUGUGGAUGCCCUAUAGAAUGUGGGCCUACCCCCUGAAGUGCCCCACCUGCAAGAGCUCCCUCCGGGCCGCCGGCCUGUACAAGACGGUGCGGAGGGUGCUGGACAGGAGCAGGUGGUACUUCAUGGGGACGGAGUACCUGGAGUGCCAUGGCUGCAGGAAGAAGGUGGCGGGCUGGUCGCAGGCCAUCCUGGAGCAGCUGGACCUGUCGCACCGACGGGAGUUCCCUGCUGUCCUCACGUACAGGUUGGCCUGCGACAAAGCGCUGAUCAACACGCUAAAGGUGCGCACAUUGGGCAACAGCGCCACUCGCCUCCACGCCACCCUGGUGGAAGAGCACACCACGGCCUGGAUACACCAAUCCCACAAGUAUCUGGGCGUGCUGUGUAAGCUGGGGGUCGAGCAGUCACGGCCAUUCCCUCAAAUGCACCCGGUGCCCGGCAUGUCCUGGUUACUUGGGGUGUACGUCCGCGACGCCAUGUCGAGGUUGCCGGAGACGAAGGCCAAGACCACCUCCGUGUUUGGCUCCAUCUUAAAGAUGGGCUCAACCAAGAAGGUCACCAAGAAGCUGGCAGGCACCGCCGCCGGGUCCGCCGCCUGGUCCACAAACGUGGGCAACGAGCACGGGCAGGUGCUAAUGUCUGUCCUGACGGCGGCAGAGGGCGACGGUCUGGCAGACAUGAUGGCAGGACUGAUGCGCCGGUACCGCGACGCAGGGCAGGCCCCUCCGAAGGUCCUGUACGUGGACCGCGACUGCUGCGCCAGCGGGGAACAGUUGCACGUGCGGCAGCAGUUUCAGGAGUGGCCGGAGCUGAUUGUCCGUCUGGACGUGUGGCACCUCAUGCGGCGGUUCGCCAGAGGUGUCACCACAGACGCCCACCAGCUGUACGGCCUCUUCAUGGCGAGGCUGUCCUACGCCAUUUUUGUGUGGGACGAUGAAGACGUGGCUCGCUUGGAGCGGUCGCAGGAGGGGGCAAGCCACGUGACGCUGACUGCCAAAGAGAUGGCCCGACACUGCCGGCGUCGCACGAGGGGCGCGGAGGAAACGCGGCGGCUCAUUCGGGAGGUGCUGGACGCCUUCUGGUCCGCGAGCGACACGCAGGGCAGGCCCCUGAUCGACCGAGACAGAAUGCUGGACAUUCAGAGGACCCAGGCCCGACAUCUGGAGUGCAUCCAGGACCCCGCAGGAGUAGCGCUCUACACACAGACGGGCGAGAUCACCAGAGGCGGGGUGAAGCUACCCGUCUACCGAUGCGCCAGGGGGUCCACGUCCCUGGAGUCGUUUCACCUGCACCUGUGCCGCUUCAUCCCGGGUACGUCUGCCAGCGACGUACGCUUCCAGGUGUACCUGCUGGAGGGCCUGGCGCGGUGGAACGAAGACAGGGGCAGGGCCUCCGUCGAGGGAGGCCACCGGUCGCUGAGGUGCUACGACGCCCAGCUGGUGCACUCUUUCGGUCUAAAAACCCAGAGGUUCUUGGGCAAGACCCUGGUUGAGACCUACACAGUACCCAGGGAGUACACAGGAGAACUCAUCGGGGUGGAGUACCUGUACUCCCAAACGGGGGCCGUGCUGCAACAGGAUUUGGGCGACCCCGAUGAGGAGAAGGAGGAGUCCUCGGACGAGGGCUUCGACCAGGAGGGACAAGAAGUCCAGGAGGAGGAGGAGGAGCAGCCGGAGGAGGUCCGCCUCUUAAAAUACCACCACGCUCUCCUCCUCCAAGAGCGUGAGAUGGAGCAGGAGGAGGAGAUCGUAGUCGGUCCAGACGGCCACGGCGGAUACCAGCACGUCGUGGCGUUGGCUCUCGCUCUCGCCGCGCUCAGGCACCGGCCCUUCGUGUCUCAAAGGCAGGCCGACGACAUCGUCGCCCUGUGGCAGCACCUCCCCGUCAGGGACAAGGAGCCGGUGUCCUUCCCGCCGCCGGCGAGCCGCAGGCGCGCCGAUACAGCUCCGCGCGUGGAGAGCGUGAAACGCGCCGUCCUGGGUCAGGGGGCGGGAGCGGCGCACUCUCCCAAGGUCAGCAGGCUCUUGGUGGCUCUAAUGUUGGAGCUGUGCCGCGCCAGAGACAGCGAGGGUGCCACCGUAGCCGGGGUGCGCGUUCAUCGUUGGGCCGGUGUCAUCAGGGACUACAAGUCCAUCCGGGACAAUAUAUUGAGCUGCCCCACGCUGAUGGCACAUACCCAUAUCACCCUGUACGAGGUGAACCAGCGGACCCUGUCCUCCUGGUACAAUGAACGCGCCAAGGUUGCGGCAAGGGAGACGCUGCACGCAGGCGCAGCGCCCCCCAGUGCCCCACGGACGUCCGAGGCCCUCCCCGCUGCCCGGAGUCUGCUGCCGGAGGCCAUCCAGCCCGACCGUCCCAUGCAGCACAACCUGCCCGCUGACGAGUCAGGCCUGGCCGUGACCCGCAGGGGCCCGCUAGCACCGGGCCUCUUCGCAUUGGCUGUGCAGCAGGCCGAGACACCGUCCUCGCUCACGUCGCCCACCGCCACCGGGCCCUCCACCGCCACCGGGCCUACCGCCGGACCCUCCACCGCCGGACCCUCCACCGCCGGACCCUCCACCGCCGGACCCUCCACCGCCGGUCCCUGCACCGCCGGUCCCUGCACCGCCGGUCCCUCCACCGCCGGUCCCUCCACCGCCGGACCCUCCACCGCCGGACCCUGCACCGCCGGUCCCUCCACCGCCGGACCCUCCACCUCCUCCACGGCAGCAACGGGAGUCUCCCGUACCACACGGUGGAGGUGGAAGGUUCUGCAGGAGAAAGCCCGUCUGGCCCAGGAGGACAGUUCUGCCACUCCUAAUAAGGCCAAGCGGGUAUUUAAUUGCAGCUCCUGUGGGCAGCCGAGAACGCGUGCCACUGGCCACAGCCGGUACAAAAAGGUGGCUUUCUGUUCGAAAACGGACGGACGGACUGUGGAGCAGUGGCACGCAGACAUGGCACGAGAGGAGGCCUCUGCCAAGGACCAUUUUGACAUGGCCUCGCCAGAGUUCCGUUUUGAGGGCUCGUCCUCCAAGCUCACCCUAAGACUCAAGGAGGUUGCGGUCAGGCUGACCCGCCUGAACGAACACCAGGUCACCAGCUGGGGCGCCAAGAACGUGGACACGGUGAGGGAGGAGGCGAAGGCUCGUGUGCAGUACAUCUCAGCACUUCAUGCGAGUGUGGACCCCAAGACAGAGUCUGAUGCGGAGCCCAUGGAAGUAGCUGCCGAGGUUGACUCUCAAGACUCCACCAUCGGGGACGACCUGGCGGCACCAGUUCAGUCCACCUCCUCCCUUGUUGGUCCCCAAGCAGCCAGAGCACCUGCCACGACAGAGGCUGUGUCCUCGCUGUCGUCAGCACAGUCCGACUCUGGUGCACAGCUGCUGCCUAGAGGCUGGAGGGCGACGCUCCCCGAGGAGCAGCAAGACUGGGUGGGCCGGGCACUGUUCCGCAGGACGGGCGGCGGGCAGUCCGUGCUCACCACCGACCUCCGCUUGUGGUGGUAUCCACCCGGACCCCGGCUCGUCUACACGCAGCCUCCUGCAACGUCCCACCCCUUCUUCCAGCAGCCAUUCUUUUUGUGGAUGCCCUAUAGAAUGUGGGCCUACCCCCUGAAGUGCCCCACCUGCAAGAGCUCCCUCCGGGCCGCCGGCCUGUACAAGACGGUGCGGAGGGUGCUGGACAGGAGCAGGUGGUACUUCAUGGGGACGGAGUACCUGGAGUGCCAUGGCUGCAGGAAGAAGGUGGCGGGCUGGUCGCAGGCCAUCCUGGAGCAGCUGGACCUGUCGCACCGACGGGAGUUCCCUGCUGUCCUCACGUACAGGUUGGCCUGCGACAAAGCGCUGAUCAACACGCUAAAGGUGCGCACAUUGGGCAACAGCGCCACUCGCCUCCACGCCACCCUGGUGGAAGAGCACACCACGGCCUGGAUACACCAAUCCCACAAGUAUCUGGGCGUGCUGUGUAAGCUGGGGGUCGAGCAGUCACGGCCAUUCCCUCAAAUGCACCCGGUGCCCGGCGUGUCCUGGUUACUUGGGGUGUACGUCCGCGACGCCAUGUCGAGGUUGCCGGAGACGAAGGCCAAGACCACCUCCGUGUUUGGCUCCAUCUUAAAGAUGGGCUCAACCAAGAAGGUCACCAAGAAGCUGGCAGGCACCGCCGCCGGGUCCGCCGCCUGGUCCACAAACGUGGGCAACGAGCACGGGCAGGUGCUAAUGUCUGUCCUGACGGCGGCAGAGGGGGACGGUCUGGCAGACAUGACGGCAGGACUGAUGCGCCGGUACCGCGACGCAGGGCAGGCCCCUCCGAAGGUCCUGUACGUGGACCGCGACUGCUGCGCCAGCGGGGAACAGUUGCACGUGCGGCAGCUGUUUCAGGAGUGGCCGGAGCUGAUUGUCCGUCUGGACGUGUGGCACCUCAUGCGGCGGUUCGCCAGAGGUGUGACCACAGACGCCCACCAGCUGUACGGCCUCUUCAUGGCGAGGCUGUCCUACGCCAUUUUUGUGUGGGACGAUGAAGACGUGGCUCGCUUGGAGCGGGCUAAGCGGUCGCAGGAGGGGGCAAGCCACGUGACGCUGACUGCCAAAGAGAUGGCCCGACACUGCCGGCGUCGCACGAGGGGCGCGGAGGAAACGCGGCGGCUCAUUCGGGAGGUGCUGGAUGCCUUCUGGUCCGCGAGUGACACGCAGGGCAGGCCCCUGAUCGACCGAGACAGAAUGCUGGACAUUCAGAGGACCCAGGCCCGACAUCUGGAGUGCAUCCAGGACCCCGCAGGAGUAGCGCUCUACACACAGACGGGCGAGAUCACCAGAGGCGGGGUGAAGCUACCCGUCUACCGAUGCGCCAGGGGGUCCACGUCCCUGGAGUCGUUUCACCUGCACCUGUGCCGCUUCAUCCCGGGUACGUCUGCCAGCGACGUACGCUUCCAGGUGUACCUGCUGGAGGGCCUGGCGCGGUGGAACGAAGACAGGGGCAGGGCCUCAGUCGAGGGAGGCCACCGGUCGCUGAGGUGCUACGACGCCCAGCUGGUGCACUCUUUCGGUCUAAAAACCCAGAGGUUCUUGGGCAAGACCCUGGUUGAGACCUACACAGUACCCAGGGAGUACACAGGAGAACUCAUCGGGGUGGAGUACCUGUACUCCCAAACGGGGGCCGUGCUGCAACAGGAUUUGGGCGACCCCGAUGAGGAGAAGGAGGAGUCCUCGGACGAGGGCUUCGACCAGGAGGGACAAGAAGUCCAGGAGGAGGAGGAGGAGCAGCCGGAGGAGGUCCGCCUCUUAAAAUACCACCACGCUCUCCUCCUCCAAGAGCGUGAGAUGGAGCAGGAGGAGGAGAUCGUAGUCGGUCCAGACGGCCACGGCGGAUACCAGCACGUUGUGGCGUUGGCUCUCGCUCUCGCCGCGCUCAGGCACCGGCCCUUCGUGUCUCAAAGGCAGGCCGACGACAUCGUCGCCCUGUGGCAGCGCCUCCCCGUCAGGGACAAGGAGCCGGUGUCCUUCCCGCCGCCGCCGAGCCGCAGGCGCGCCGAUACAGCUCCGCGCGUGGAGAGCGUGAAACGCGCCGUCCUGGGUCAGGGGGCGGGAGCGGCGCACUCUCCCAAGGUCAGCAGGCUCUUGGUGGCUCUAAUGUUGGAGCUGUGCCGCGCCAGAGACAGCGAGGGUGCCACCGUAGCCGGGGUGCGCGUUCAUCGUUGGGCCGGUGUCAUCAGGGACUACAAGUCCAUCCGGGACAAUAUAUUGAGCUGCCCCACGCUGAUGGCACAUACCCAUAUCACCCUGUACGAGGUGAACCAGCGGACCCUGUCCUCCUGGUACAAUGAACGCGCCAAGGUUGCGGCAAGGGAGACGCUGCACGCAGGCGCAGCGCCCCCCAGUGCCCCACGGACGUCCGAGGCCCUCCCCGCUGCCCGGAGUCUGCUGCCGGAGGCCAUCCAGCCCGACCGUCCCAUGCAGCACAACCUGCCCGCUGACGAGUCAGGCCUGGCCGUGACCCGCAGGGGCCCACUAGCACCGGGCCUCUUCGCAUUGGCUGUGCAGCAGGCUGAGACACCGUCCUCCUCGCUCACGUCGCCCACCGCCACCGGGCCCUCCACCGCCACCGGGCCUACCGCCGGACCCCCCACCGCCGGACCCCCCACCGCCGGACCCUCCACCGCCGGACCCUGCACCGCCGGUCCCUCCACCGCCGGACCCUCCACCGCCGGACCCUCCACCGCCGGACCCUCCACCGCCGGACCCUGCACCGCCGGUCCCUCCACCGCCGGACCCCCCACCGCCGGACCCUCCACCGCCGGACCCUCCACCGCCGGACCCCCCACCGCCGGUCCCUCCACCGCCGGUCCCUGCACCGCCGGACCCUGCACCGCCGGUCCCUCCACCGCCGGACCCUCCACCGCCGGACCCUGCACCGCCGGACCCUGCACCGCCGGUCCCUCCACCGCCGGUCCCUCCACCGCCGGUCCCUCCACCGCCGGACCCUGCACCUCCUCCACGGCAGCAACGGGAGUCUCCCGUACCACACGGUGGAGGUGGAAGGUUCUGCAGGAGAAAGCCCGUCUGGCCCAGGAGGACAGUUCUGCCACUCCUAAUAAGGCCAAGCGGGGAUCUGUUCUGAGCCUCAUGCUGAUCACCCAGAUGACGACCCAUGACUGUCAACCCAGGUACAGCAGCAACCACGUUCUGAAGUACGCAGAUGACACAGUAGUUGUGGGCCUCAUUCAGGAUUACAACUAA